AUUGUGUGCCGACGUUCUGUACCCAACGGCUGGCAGUUCGAGACAAGGAUAAAGCGAUUUUUUUCAAGAGAGGAAAAUCUGGGUUUAGUUCUUUAUAUUUCAGCUGAUAUAUACCAAAAAUUGAAUCCUGGUUUCCGUCGGCGAAGAAUAUGAAAGAGAAUGGAUAAAUUCCGGCAUAUAUGGAGGGGGCAGCUGUUGGUUGGUAUGAGGGAUAUUGGCCAAGCAACAAUAUGGACCAACAACAACAGCUAUCUAUCCCCCAUUGGUUGGAACCUGAAAAUGACCUACAUAGCUGAGUAUUCUGACCUCUGGAGCAAAGUGUUGGAGUCUGAGCCCACAGUCUUGUCCCAGGAUUCGUAUACAAAGAUCAAGGACAAGUACGUAUCCGUCUUUAUCAUCACUUCAUCCACGCCAGAGUUUCUUCAGUUGACAAAAGAAUUGAAUCAGUUCAGCAAGGCUAGAAUCAUACUUGGUGUGAUACCAAAGGACACGGAAAUCACAUUAAUCCCUCGCUGUAAGGAAACCAUGCGGUUAGGGAUGUGGGAGCCUCCUGAGGAAUACCAUCCCUUCCUCUACAUGCUGAUGAUUUCCAAGAUUUCUCCAAAGGAAGCUAUGAAGCAGCAUAAGAAACAUUACCUUCAGGUUAUGUCUCAGAUGAAUCUGUCUUCAGCACCACAUUCUUUGCUCAAGGAGAAAAAAACAGACUAUGAACAAUCAAAGAAAGACAGUAGAGGCCACCGAGAUGACAAAAACCGCACCAAAUCAAGGAAGACCGACCGCUCAAGAGGCACCACUGAGCUGGUGGACGCUGCUGGUGAGAGCAAGGGGAAUGAGAAAUUGCAGAGAGAAAGGAGGAAGGAAGAAGUGUAUGACCCAUAUUCAACUAAUGGCAGAGAUAAGUGGAAUUAUGAACAUAGAAGAAAGGAGAGCAGGAAACGAGAUAAAGAGAGAAACAAGGACAAGACAAAAGAUAAAAAAGAAGACAGAUAUAAGAAGACUUCUCAUUAUGAUGAACAUAGGAAAGAGAGGAAAGAUGAGAAAAGAGAUAAUAAAGAUAAAAAAAGCAAACAAAAGAAGAGAGAAGAAGAAAAUGAGCAAGGAAGUAAAGCCUCACAACAGAAAAUCGAGAAAGAGGAAAAAUAUAACUGGCAAGAGAAAGACAGAAAGAGCAGGGCAAGUCCAGAAAAACAGUCAGACAACUCACAAAAAGACCACCAAGAGGAGGUCAGCAUCAAACAUAAAGCAAGUAAAGGAGAUGUGAUGGAAAAGAUCAAGAAAAAUGACGAAGAGAAAGUCAAAACAAUUGACUCCUCACUCAAAUCUGCCAUUAAGACUGAAUCAGUAGCAUUGCCACAAGAUCAAAAUCCAAUCAAUGUUGAAAUAAAGGACAAAGUGGAUGAUUCUGGCAAAUCCCAUGUAAAAUAUCCAUCGAAGUCAGGGAAGGCUUGUGACAAGAAGAGCUUGCUAGACACACAUAAGCUGAAAUUGAUCUUUAGUUCCAAAGACAAAAAAAGACCUGAUUUGGUUAAGCCAAGCAUGCUAAAGAGGAGUACCAAAGGGGAGUUAGACCAGGCCUUGAAGACCAUCACGCCUGAUCUCAUUGCAUCUUCAGAACUUACUUGCAAACUUCCUAAAACCUAUAUGAAAGAGUCCCAGAUCUCUGAUGCCAAAAAGAUAAAUUCUGGUAAGAGUGUUCUCAAGGGCACUCUCAAGAAGUUAACAUCAACAUCUGAAGAUCCAAAGAAAGGUUCUGUUUCAAGGAACUACAGAAUUAUCUGCACCGAGAAGUAAGCAUGGUGAAAAAAAUGAUCCUUAUUCUGACAACAGUAUUAGGAUAAAAGAAGAACACGAGAUUCAGGAGAGAACAUUUGCUGUGGCAGAGAAAAGUUUUGCUUUGUCUAAGCAAUUUCAUUGGCCCAUAACUUCUGCUUCUCCCAACAAGAAUGAAGAACUUAAAGAUAAUGAAGAUCAGGAGAAUAUACAGCAGAGGAUAGAAGAGGAUGUAGCUGAAGAUCAUAGAAGUAAAGAGAUGGAAAAAGAUGGUAAAAGCAAUGUAAAGGAUGCCUUUGAUAAUAUCAGAGAAUUCAUCUACACCAAAUUUGGCAAUAAGCGAAAAUCAGAGUGCACCGAAAAGUCCUUGGAGAUAUUGCAAAGCCCAAGCAAAAAGCCUCGAAUCAUUGAUUUGUCAGGAUGCCCAACAGAGAACAUCUUGAAUACACCGCAAACUUCAUGCUACCCAGACAUAUUUAGAAAUAUAAAACACAAGUACAAAAAAUCACUUCAUUCAAGGCAGUUUCCCGAAAUUGUAACCACUGAUCAGUUAAGAAGAGACACAUCUCAAGACAUAGUUGCUUAUUCUAACGUCUUGAGAGAAGCAGGGCAGGAUAAUUUUCCAGUUAAAAGUGCGCAAGGUAUUGAAGAUGUAGUUCAAGUUAUUACAAUUGAACCAGAUGAUCUAUUCCUUCAUCAAGAUGAAUCAUUAGAUCUAUCCUAUCAUGCACCUGAACCAUUGAAUUUAUCCAUUCAAGAAAAUGAAUCUGUAAGAAAAAUUGAAGCUGAUGUAAUUGAGGGAGAUAACUCACUGGCAGAAACUGUAUCAUGGAAAGGUGAGGCAGUACCAGAGACUACUAUUCACAAGACAUCCUGCAGUGAGAAAGGGAAACAGUACAUACUUGAAAUGUUCCUUCACUCAAUGCAAGAUAGGACAGAUGUUAGGCACCAAGUGUCAGAUGAAUCAUCAGUGGCUACACAAGAGACUUCUCCAAUCCUAAAUAUGGCUAGCAAUGAAAGUGUACAGAACCAAAAAGUAUUUGGUGACCAAAAUGUUCUCCAAAAUAACACUAGUUUGACUGAUAAGGAUUUACCACAAAAGGAUAGUAUAUUUGUGUAUCAUAAAGAUUACUUUUGUCCAGAGGCAUCAAGUGAUUGGCCUUUCCAUAUUCAAUAUCCAUUUCUUUCAGACCAAAGUCAAAGUUCUGAUAAGCUUGCUAAUGGUGAUCAUUUUUCAUCUUGUAAUCAGGACCCUAUGUCGAGUCAAAGUGGCAUACCAAACCAAGACUUUAGCCCAGGUCACAGAUGUUUAGAUCAAUCAUUUGGUCAGUCAUCAUCUGAUCAGCUACAUAUAGAUGAUCAGCAGUCUACUCCAUAUCAGAAUAAUGACCAUGCAGUGGACCUUAGACUAAUGCUUCCAUUAAAACAACCAGUGUCUGGUGAAUAUUUUACCACAGAUUUGAUGACAGACAGUGCUAAACUUCUAGACAGCAAGGAGUAUCCCAAAGCAAAACAGUUCCCAAGUCCAGAACACAGUUUUGCAAAUGCAGCAGCACAUUCCUCCCCAAGGAUGGUCUUAGUUGAUGUAAUUGAAGAUAAGUUACAGAAUACGGCUCCAAUAAUUCAUCCCCUACCAGGUUUACCUCCAUUGACACGAUUGUCUGAUUUGGUCCCUCCAGUGAUAAGGAAGCAAAAACCCAUUCAGGAAUCAUUAGUGUCAGGCAUAGGAGCAGAAUCUAAAUCUUGUUCAUCUUCCAACUGGUUAGCAGCUGAUCCUAGUAAUUCUAGGUCAUCUCCAAUUGGAGAAAGUCCCUCUAGCCAUGGAAGAGAUGUCAGUUGUAGUGGGUCGAAAUCAAGUGAGAUUAUUGAUAUCUUUAACCAGAAGGACCAUUCAAAAACAGAAAGUUUCGAAGCAAGUGCAUCUCAAGAAGAAUGCCUUGCAUCCUGCAGUUUGGAUACAAUAGAGCUAAAUAAUUCUGAUACAUCUGUGAAGAAUCUCUCCACAUCUGUUGUUCAUGAUAGUAUUGCAUUGAAAAUUAGGUCAAGUUUUGAGAGAGUGCCAGAUGCACAGAUGAAGGAAGAGUAUCUACUAAAAAACAGUUUUGCAUCUUCAAAUUUAAAUGAUUCGACUGUUUCACAUGAUGUAUAUAGUCCGAGUAAUAGUUCACAAACCUCAAUCUUUGAAACAUGCAACACAUCUGUAAAUGCAAGAAGUACUUGUACAGAACCACUGGUACUACAGCAGCUUAAAAAGAAAAUUAAUCUUUGGCAAGAUAGCCUAAAUUCAAAAUCCAGUAUAUCCAUGAAUAAAGGCAUUACAGCUCUGGCAGAUUUCAUAAAAAAACCAACAAGCAUUCCUCCUGAAAUAAGAAAAGAAAUUUUUUUUCCAGAAGAUGAAUUAAGUAAGUCAAGCCUCCGUAUGAAGAAGGCAUUGCUCAGCAACCUGUUAAAUCCAAGUGAAAGAAGUCUGCAGCUGGAGGAACAUGUUUCAAAGAAAGUUGUUGCAGUGGUAUGUAAAGAAGAGUGUUGUGAUGAUAUAAAAGCUUGUCUUCCCAAACCACUUUCACAGGAUAAUAAGUACCCUUUCCCAGAGAGUGAAAAGCACUUCAGAGAAGGAACCCAGAGACCGAGAAAAGUGAUAGAGAGUAAGAAGGUUCUUCUUAAUCUUCUUGAACCAUCUGAGCUUAAUUGGGAUGAUGCUGUGUCAGGCAUUUCAAAAUCAACUUUUCAGUCAUCAAAGUACUUACAUUUGCUUAGUGCAAGUGAAAAUGAUGUGUUAAAAGCAAAGCACUUUUGUCGAGCACAUGAGAUGACCUAUGCCACCUUAGAUGAUCUUGUAAGAAAUGGAGGUUAUAUGCUUGUCCAGCACAGUUCUGUAGAUAAGUUGUUAUCAUCUCCACACCUGACAGUUUGGUGUACUCAGCCAAAUAUCAA